AAUGUCGUAGCGUGGAACGGCAACUUAAAAUAUGCUCUAGUGCCCCACGUUUGUUCAUAAUUGCUGAGCGAAGGAAGACGAAAAACGUAAAUUGUAAUAAUUAACCCAUUUAACCUGUAAAAUUGUUUAUACAUAUUAUCCUAACUUAACUUAAACAAUUAGGAACCAAAAAUGGAUAUGACAAACAUGUGUAGAACUUGUUUACGCAGACUAAAAGACUCUGGAUAUUUUUUGUUUGGUGAAGACAAACUAGUUUAUAUGGUAGAAACUAUCGCCUCGAUACAGUUAAGCGAUGAUAAAGAGAUGCCUUCUAAAAUUUGUGAGGAAUGUUUAAAAAAUAUAUUAAAUUUUUUCAAUUUUCGGAAAGUUAUCAUUCACAAUGAUGUUGACCUAAAGGAGAGAUUGGAAACUCUAAAGAGAACAAAUUAUACAUCAAAGCCAAGAAGCAAAGUAGAACUUGACGAAUUUAUAUCUGGCCAAGCAGAGUGUGACAAUAUAAAAAAUGAAAUAAGUGAUACUGAAAGUAUAACAAAAACGGAGGAUAUCCAAGAGACUGAUGAAACACUAAGGAGAGCAUUGGCAAUCAAAAAGAUUCAUAGGUGUAAAGAUUGUAAACAAAUGUUUAACUCAAAAUUAAAAUUGAAUAAUCACAGAAGGACUGAACAUACUGCUCCUGGUGUUUGUAAUAUAUGUGGGACAAUGGUGAGAGCCGAUAAUUUGAAAAAACAUAUUAAACUUCAUUCUGAAGUCCCUAUGGCAUGUGAUGAGUGUGGUAAAACUUUCAAAAAUUCAGAAUCUUUGCGAAGUCACAAACUUAUACAUAAAGGACUGGCUUUUACAUGUGAAAUUUGUGGAAAAACAUUCAAACUAAAAGCUGAACAUGGUCGACAUCUCAAGUCACAUAUAGAUCCUGAAGCUAGAAAAGUUGCAUGCUCCCUUUGUGGCAAAAAAGUACAUGAGCUUAAAAGGCAUAUGCUGUCUCACACUGGCGAGCGACCUUAUAUUUGUAAAUAUUGCAAUAAAGGGUUUUCUAGCCCUUAUGCACUUAAAGUACAUACUAGGCAACAUACAAAUGAAAAACCAUAUAUUUGUGAAUAUUGUUCUUUGGGAUUUCCCCAAAAAGUAUCACUGGCAACUCAUUUAAAAUCAAAGCAUGGAGUUUGCUUGAAUGUUUAAGUGAUGAUAAUGUACAUAUAUUUUAAUGUCUUUAGUUUAAAUAUUUUUGAAAGUGAUAUAUUGAAACUAUUGGAAUCCUUGGCUACAUUAUCUUCUUGCAUAUGCAAAAUUGAUAAAUAAUUUUUGCAAGAAUGUUUGUUGAAUCUAAGCUGAUUGUGCUGAUUACAAGAUAAACCUUUUUUCUGUUUAUCCAAUAAGGGUUGAUAAUCUUUUACUUACUUUGCAAUGCUGUGCCACUUGUUCCAGUUUCGAGCAAAAUAUGUUGGUUGUGUUUAACGAUGUAAUAGAAAACUAUAUUAAAAAUAUUUUUUUUUUAGAAUUAAAUUUGACUGACUUGGUUUGGAGAAAAGACUAACUUUUUAGAGAUCCAAAGUUCUUUACAAACUAAAAUAGGUAUUAAAUAUCAGCUUAGGUUUACACUGGCCACAUAAAAGUGAUGUUAUGUAUCUCAUUUAUUUGUUUUGAAUGUAUACCUUACCUUGAUCAAAAAGGGAAAAUGGUGUUUCCUUAUUUUCUAAAGUUUACAGGCACAUUUUAAAAAAAAUUGUUUUCCAUUUUUUUAAUGUAUGCUACUUCAAGUGUUUCAAGUUGAAUUAUUGUAAACACAAAUUAUUAUGUUAUUAUUUAUAUAUUUCAUAUCAAACCUGUUUUCA